AUGGAUGACCUGCGCGUGAACGCGGCGUACGCGGCGAGGUACGAGCACAACGAGCGGCGGAAGGAGAUGCAUCGAUUGCAGGCGAAGCUCGAGCGGGAGUACGCGACGACGGCGUUGGGGGCGGCGGGGGGGGGGGACGGCGGCGCGAACGCGCGGAGCGAAGACGACGCGGAGCGCGAAUCGAGCGAUUCGAGCGAGACGGAGAGCGAUGAGGACGAGGGGUUGGAGCUCGCGUUCGACGGUGCGUUCGCGGAGGCGUUGACGCGGAUUCGGAGGAGAGAUCCGAGCAUUUACGACGAGAAGACGAAAUUUUUCGACGACGGCGAGGCGGCGGCGGAGGCGGCGGCGGAGCGGGCGAAGACAAAGGAAAAGAAGCCAAAGGCGGCGACGCUGAGAGAGGUGACGGCGAACCAGUUGUUAGAAGGUGGAGCGACCGCGCUCGAGGACGCUGAAGCGGAGGCGGAGGCUAUGCGUGCGAGCGCGGGACCGUCGUACGUCGAGGAACAGGCGGCGCUCAAGAGCGCGUUCAAGGACGCCGCCGAGGGCGCCAUCGGCGGCGAUAGCGACGAGGAUGAUGAUGGCGGACUCGUGGUGAAACGACGCGCAGAACAAAUGAGCGGGGCGACGGAAAAGUUAUCCGAGUACUUUGGUGACGAGGACGCUUUGAGCAAGGAGGAAAAAUUUUUGCGCGAUUACGUCCUCGAAAAGCAGUGGUUGAAGGGCGAAGAGAACGGGAUGCCUCGGGGUAACGUCAUCGGCGGCGACUCGUCGAGCGACGAGGAUGAUGGCGGUGACGAUGCGAGCGAUUCCGAACUCCUCGAGCGCGCUGAGGAGUUUGAGCACAAUUAUAACUUUCGAUUUGAGGAGCCCGGAGGCGAUCGUCUCGUGUCGCACUCGCGUCACAUCGAGGGCUUGAUUCGUCGAGAGGACACCAAGCGUCGCGAUAAACGCAAAAAAGUGAAGGAACGCAAAGAGUCAGAGCGCGCCAAACUCCUGGCCGAGGUCCGUAGGCUGAAGAAUCUCAAGCGAGAAGAGAUUGAAAACAAGAUGCGACAGAUUCGCUCCAUCGGCGGUUUGCCUGAAGAGCAGCUCAAGGACGACUUACUGAACACUGAGUUCGACCCGGAGGCGCACGACAGGGCGAUGGCGGAGAUGUACGGAGAAGAUUAUUACGAAGGUGAAGACGGCGAGGCCACUGGUGCGCUCCAAAAGCCCGAGUUUGGUGAUUUAGAGGAGGAGUUGGCGGAGCUGCUCGCGGCGGAGGGCGGUGGAGACGACGAUGAGGAAGGCGAGGGAGACGGAGAAGAGGAAGGCGAGGAAGAAAAAGAGGAAGAAAAAGAGGAAGAAAAUGAAGGCGACGCGGAGCCCGACGUGGACAUCGAAGAGAAUAAGUACUCCAAGCGCGCGGCUAAGAAGUGGCGCAAGGAGCUCGAGAAGAAGAUGGAGGAGUACUACAAGCUCGACGCCGAGGACUUCAUCGCGGGCGAACUUCCCACUCGAUUCCCUUACAGAGACGUCGCGCCGAAGAUGUUUGGUCUCACGACGCGCGAUAUUCUCACGAUGGACGACAAGAGUUUGAACCAAAUCGUCGGUCUGAAGAAGCUCGCGCCGUAUCGGGACGACGCCGACGAGGCGGCGGUGGGCGCGAACCAACGCGCGCGCGCUCGUCGCAUGGCCAAGGAAUUCUACGCCAAGCAGACCGAAAAGAAGAAGCGGAAGAAGAGCAGAGACUCUGGAGGAAAGAAGAAGAAGGACGGUCGCGAUGACGGCGAUUCAUCGAGCGACGAGACGGACGAGGAUACGAUUCGCGCGAGGUCGUACGCCGACGCGGCGUUCGGCAAAAAGAAAAAGUCCUCGAAGGAUUCCUCAAAAAAGGAUCAUCCCGACGACCGCCCAUUAUCAGUACAGGACUCGGGGGUGGGCAAGAACGCGCGCAAAAACGCGAAGAAACGCGCGAAGAAGAAGGCGAAGCAGGAAGCCGAGAAUACCGCGUAG